GUUCAUGCCAUCACCGGAGUAAUCAUUUUGUAGUCAUUCUCUAUUCUUCACUCCAUUCCUCGCUUCUUGCCGCCAGAGGCUUGAGACAGAGAGAAAAGAAAAAGAAAAAACUAAUCUGUUAACUCUCCCACUAUCAUCUCUCAUCCAACUCUCGGUCAGCACUUGUCUACUUUCAUUUCUGCGCCAUCGCACCAGGAUUCUUAGGAGCACUACCUUUCUCCUCUAACUUACUGCCUACAACCGUUUCCGCCUGAUCGUGCGUGUCUCAACCCCGCGGGGUCAUGGAUUACUCCGUCAAUCUCCGCCGCAAGGAUACCACCAAGGGCCCUCCCUUGAGGAUCCUCUCGCUAGAUGGUGGCGGCGUCCGGGGCUAUUCCAUGCUCAUUAUCCUCCAAGAACUCAUGUACCGUGUCUACGUCGAAUGCGAAGGAAAGGCACCUCGUCGUGAGGAGAUUCCCAAACCAUGCGAUCAUUUUGAUCUCAUCGUUGGCACCGGAACCGGCGGUCUCAUUGCCCUCAUGUUGGGCCGUCUCCGCCUUGACCUCGAAACCUGUAAGGAAGUCUACGUGCGCAUGACCCGCCGGGUCUUCGAAACCGACAAAACCAUUGCCGGCAUCCCAUUCCGUUCCACCUUAUUCAAGGCCUCCAGGCUCGAAGAGGCCAUUCGCGAAUGCGUUCGUGAACAUACCGUCUUCGAGGCCGAGGGGAAUGACAUGACCCCCGGCAGCGCGCGCAACUCACUCGCCGGUGCCCCCUAUAGCCCCAAUGCGGUCGCCAUUCCGCAGCGCUCGGGCAGUCGCGCUAGUUUCAGCACCACCAGUACAACACACUCGUCCGGUCACCAUAGUCAUCGCAAUUCGACAUUUGUGAACGGCUUGCGGUGGGGGAACCCGGAUGCUUUAUUGUAUGACAAUCGGGAAUAUCGAACCAAAACCGCGGUCACCGCUCUCUACAAAGGUACCACCCGAAAUGGGUCAUCUGUCAUGCUCCGUUCAUACGAUUCCCGCAAAGAGCCCCCACCCGAGUUCAAUUGUACAGUCUGGCAGGCCGGUCGGGCCACCUCGGCCACCGGGAUGGCUUUCAAGCCGAUCCAGAUCGGCCAGCACGUGUUCAUCGAUGAAGGGGCCGGCACCUACAAUCCGGCGCCGCAGGUAUUGGACGAAGCGACGGUGAACGAGUGGCCAGGCCGUGAGGUGGGUGUAUUCGUCAGCGUCGGCACCGGCAAGCGACCGCCCGGCACGAACAACCGCCAGCACGAGUGGUGGGAAGAUUUCUUCGGGGAUGCGCUGGGCUCUUUCGCGGAGGCACGUCGGCGACUGAUCGCCAAAAUCGAGGGCUGUGAAGAUAUUCAUGUGGCCAUGCUGCGCGACCAUCUUUCGAAGCGCAACGUGAGCCAGGAUAAUUAUUACCGAUUGAAUGUUGAGGUCGGGGUGGGCGAGUUUGGGAUGAACGAGUGGAAUCGCCUGGCGGACAUCAGCACCAAUACAAGGCGUUAUUUGACUCGACCGGAGGUGAAGCGACAGAUCCUCGAUGCAGGAGUCAAAUUUGCCAAGAUUAAUCGACAGCAUCGACGUCUGGCCGACCAUGCGGCGGUGACUGGAGGAAAUGACGCAGGCGAGGAGACCAGUUCCAUCCUGGGCAGUCCCGUCCUGUCGGUGCAGCCUCCGUUGCCCCAUCCGAUGGCGGUGGAAUUGCCUGCCGAGUUGCCCGGCGAUUUUGUUUUACGACCGUUGACGGCGACCGAUGACACACUCCCCGCGCACCCGACACCGCACGAUGCCGUUCUGGGGUCCCCGGCGCGUGGCUCGGGCAGUGACCUGGCCAGUCCGAGUCCCCAUGGAUCUUCGCGGCCUAGUUUUGAGCUACCCUCGCAUCAGAACGGGGAAGAAAUGCCUCCACCCGUGCCGCCAAAGACCCCCAUCCCUUAUCCUGACCAUCCCAGUGAACUUGGGGGGAUUCCCAUGCCGAUGCCGACAGUGAUGCCUCCGACAACGACGAAUAGUGGCCACGGAUAUCCGGGGGCAGGCGGGAAGACCCGACCGCCAUAUCCUAUGGAUGAACCUCCCGUGGUGAACAAGCAGCGGAAACCGAGCUAUCAUGUACCACCAUUCACCAUUUCAGUCAUUCACUGCCGGCAGUGUGUCUUCAUCAAAUCACCUCUCUCUCACCAUCUCCUUCUCCAUGUAACCACGGUUCUCUCCGCUCUGAACCACUUCCUUUCCCAUUCCCUUAUCUUUCACCCCUCCCCUCUUCUCGAUCAAACCACUACUUCCGCCGCCUCGUCCUCCUCAUCCUCGCGACCCGCCUCCUACAAAAUCGUCGGGAUCUGCCUCGCCGUCGCUUCCGGCUUCUUCAUCGGCACCUCUUUCGUCCUCAAGAAGAUCGGCCUCCUCCGCGCCAAUGUCAAAUACAACGAAGAGGCCGGCGAGGGUUAUGGCUACCUCAAGAACCUGUACUGGUGGGGGGGAAUGACCCUCAUGAUCGUCGGCGAGAUCUGCAAUUUCGUAGCCUAUGCGUUUGUGGAUGCGAUCCUGGUAACCCCGCUGGGCGCGCUCACCGUCGUCGUGUGCACCAUCCUCUCCGCCAUCUUCCUCAAGGAACGCCUCAGCUUCGUCGGGAAGGUCGGUUGUUUCUGCUGCAUUCUUGGCUCCGUGGUGAUCCCGCUCAAUGCGCCCGAGCAGUCGUCCGUGAGCGAUAUCCAGGAGAUGAAACACUAUGUGAUCACCCCCGGGUUUCUGUCCUAUGCGGGAGUGAUCAUCGUCGGGUGUACUUUCGUCGCCCUGUAUCUGGGGCCGCGAUACGGGAAGAAGUCCAUGUUCGUGUAUCUCAGUAUCUGCUCGCUGAUUGGGGGGCUGAGCGUCGUUGCGACACAGGGGCUGGGCUCGGCCAUUCUGGCGCAGAUCAAUGGGGAGUCGCAGUUCAAGGAAUGGUUCUUGUAUGUUCUGUUAGUGUUUGUGGUAGCCACGCUCCUGACAGAGAUCAUUUAUCUAAAUAAAGCACUGAAUAUCUUCAACGCGGCCCUCGUGACUCCGACCUACUACGUCUUCUUCACCAGCGCAACCAUCGUCACCUCCGCUGUUUUGUUCCAGGGCUUCCACGGCUCUGUCAAAGACAUCGUCACCGUCGUCCUCGGGUUCCUACAGAUCUGCGCAGGUGUGGUCUUGCUGCAGCUAUCCAAAUCUGCCAAAGAUGUCCCCGAUGCUGCCGUUUUCAAGGGCGAUUUGGACCAGGUCCGCGAGGUUGCGACGCAGGAAGAACACGAAUUCGAGCCCAAGGCUGACUCCAUCCGCGGCGCCGCGGCCAUCAUCCGCCGCAUUUCUACCCCCCGCCGGACCAUGGAGGCUGAAGAAGCCCGCCGCUAUUAUCACGACCGCCAGGAGGAUCUACGCACUCCGCUGGCCGAGAAUGAAAUCGUUGAAUGGGAUGGACUGCGCCGGCGCAAGACCGUGCUCGGCGAGGGUCCCACCAUGGCAGCGCGCACACGCACCCCAUCCGUCCGUCACCAUCCAUUUCCACCGCUGGGUAUGGCCCGCGUGCCGGAGGAGCAGAAAUGCGAGGACGAGGAGGACGAUGAACCGCCCCGACCGACUACGACACAGAGCAAUAAUUCAUUCCUAGAUGACCUCCGCUCGCGCGCGAACAGUAUCUUCCAUCCGACGUGGCAACCGAUACACAAAGAGCCGUUGCAUCUCUCGGACGCCGAUCCCGUGUCGCUGAAGGCUAUGGAAUCAAACCGCAAAUACCCCGAUACUCACUAUGCCGGCCGCGACGGCCGUUCCAUCAGGUCUGCGGUCGACACUGAGAAUGACAAUCAUACUCUUCCCCCGAGCCCCCCUCCGCACGGAGGCGCUGAACGCCAAUUUUCGUUCACCAGUGUCCUCGGUCGAAAGAAAGCCAGUAGCCCCGAACCUGUCGCCGCUCGUCCUGUUUCACGGCAGAGUGGGCUCCAUCACCACUAUCACCGCUCGUCGGGCGCAACCGAAGAAGAGCGCCUUGGCCUGGUGCGAGGGGAUUCGAGAUCAGAUGACCUGGACGAGAAGGCCCUGGGUAGUGCUUAUGAUGACGACGAUAUUUGGAACGACGGACCGGACCCGUUGCCAUCGGGUCAAUCUCACCGAGCCGACUCCCUUGAGUCGCAUCGCAUAUUCUCCAGCGAAUCACUGUAUCCGGCGCGACUGCGCGUGAACCCGCUGCCCCCUCUGCCCGACGAAGAACCGCUGGCUGAUCCAUACGCGCCAAUCGGAAUGGCGGGGUUACGACGCGAGUCCGAUAGUAGCGCAGGAACAUUCGUGUCGUCCCCGCCGACCCGCGGGAGCGGCAUAGGGGGUGGUAGCAGCGAGGGCUGGCGGAGACAUCAAUCAGGACGGAGCAGUGGCGGAGGGAGUGGAGGUCUUCCAGGGAAGAAGGGGGCAUUUAUCUAGGAACCGAGCCAAAUGGUAUGAUAUACGAUAUAAAUGAUGACUGAUGAACUCAAUAAUGUAUAUAUGAAGAUUUG